GUUCUCGUUGUGAGGCGGAGUGCGUCGGGCUGUGGGAGGAGAGCGCCUCUGCCGCCUGCCUGCCGGAGCGCACGGUGCCUUUUCCGCGGUGGGAGUGCGAGGCUUUUCUGCUCCGAGGUCCCUUUCUCUCUGCCCCUCAGACCCCACAGGCCUUGGUGGCGCUCCCAUCACGCACUCACGGCGGGCCGCUUCCCACGGGCAGCCGCAGCCGCGAGAGGGGCGGCUCGGAGCGGAGCCUCAUCUCGUAAGCGAGAAAUGGGCCUGUUUUUAGAAGAUGCAGUGCACUAGAUGUGGUGCUUGGAACAGAAUUAGUCAUGGCAUCAGAACUGUGUAAAACAAUCUCUGAGGCAAAGCUGGAAAAGCACAAGAAUUUGUUCCUAAAUUACAGAAAUCUCCAUCAUUUUCCUUUGGAGUUACUGAAAGAUGAGGGGCUGCAGUACUUGGAGAGACUUUACAUGAAAAGAAAUUCUCUGACCACAUUGCCAGAAAACCUUGCACAGAAGCUUCCAAACCUCGUGGAAUUGUACCUUCAUUCAAAUAACAUAGUUGUUGUACCUGAAGCCAUUGGCUCCCUCGUUAAACUGCAGUUUCUGGACCUAAGUGAUAAUGCCCUUGAAAUUGUGUGUCCAGAGAUCGGUCGCCUGAGAUCCUUACGUCAUCUUCGUUUGGCUAACAACCAGCUGAAAUAUUUACCUGCAGAGGUUGGAGAUCUGAGGGAGCUGCAAACACUGGAUAUUUCAACCAAUCGCUUGAUAACCUUACCUGAAAGGCUGCAUAUGUGCCUCUCACUGCAGUACUUGACUGCAGACCGGAACCACCUGUGGUAUGUUCCCCGCCAUCUGUGCCAGCUUCCAAGCCUCAAUGAGCUCUCCAUGGCUGGGAACCGCCUUGCAUUUCUGCCUCUUGAUUUAGGUCGUUCGCGGGAGCUACAAUAUGUUUAUGUGGAUAACAACAUUCAUCUCAAAGGCCUUCCAUCUUUUCUGUAUAAUAAAGUCAUUGGUUGCAGCGGCUGUGGUUCUCCAAUUCAAGUUUCAGAGGUGAAACUGCUCUCUUUUUCAUCGGGACAGUUAACUGUGUUCCUGCCAGCAGAGGUGAAAUCUAUAGGGACCGAAACAGAUCAUGUGCUGCCUUUGCAAGAAUUGGCUAUGAGGACCCUCUAUAACACUUACUACGUGUAUUUAAAGGAUUUGAAUUUUCUUACUCCAAUCUCACUACCAAAAAGCCUCUUGGAAUUGUUGCACUGUCCCUUGGGACACUGUCACCGCUGUAGCCAGCCCAUGUUUACCAUUGUCUACCCAAAGCUCUUUCCCUUAAGGGAAACUCCAAUGGCAGGAUUGCAUCAAGGGAGGACAACUGUUAGUUUUGUGGCAUACUGCUGCUCCACCCAGUGUCUGCAGACUUUUGACCUACUGAGUUGAUAAACAUUUUAAACUACUCAGGAGUGCUGCCAGUUUAAAGCUGCAUUAGACGUCGUAUCCCGUUGGUACUGGAAUACAGUGUGUGUGCCAAAGCAGCAGAAGUGCCCAGUCGGGAACAUUAAGAGGCACUUAAAUCCUGCCCUAUCAAAUUUGGAUGAAGUGCAGAAACUUUUUCGGAAGUGUAAAUACCAAGUUUUUAAGAGCAUUAACUUCUCUCAGCAAAGAUAGCAUACAAACCAGACAAAUUUUUGAGUUCUAAGUCCCUAGAUUUGCAGUGUUUUUCAAAUGUGACUGCCUUCAGGUGGAUCCACUGUGUCUUCUGGGUCAGUUUUCAUUCCUCUAACAGAGUCCAGCUGACCUAUAAUUUAAAAACUAUAUGCCUAAACAGUUUUUGUUUAUUGUUCCCAUCUUUUACAUUCUACAGUUGGAUUCAGAUGUGUAAAUCUAAGACUGUACAUGCCUUUGAAGGAGCCCUAUGACUUUCACAUAGAACUUGGUUUUACUUUUUCUCUCUCAUCUCAAUAUUUUACCCCACAGAGUUAUCCUAGUUUUAUACUAAGUCUUUAACAGGCAACCGUACUAUUUAAAUCCAUGUAUUUAAAGCAGAUCUUUGCUUCUAGUAUUACUGUGAGCCACACUUAUUCCACUGGAGUACCUAGGAUAUGUCUGGAGACUGAAGGUACUGUUUGAGUAACAAAGGCCUAUACUGAUAUCUACAACAAGUGGUGUUGCUCUGGUGUGUUUGGUGAUGUUUUCUUCAUUUUCAUCACUUCUAUGCUUUAUUUUUAAUAAAAACAGUUUCCCUUUUGCUGCGUUCCGAAUUCUUCAGGAAGAAGAUAUCAAGUACAAAUUUCACGUGGAAAAAAUAGUAAUGUAAAUAUUUAUCCCUAUUUACUCUAUUUUGACACUUGCAGCCAGUAAACCUGCACAGAGUAGGUCUUCAUUUCUCAAGGUUCUGUGUUUGAUUUGUGAGAGCUUCUCUGUGAAGUGUGAAGUUAACCUUAGGGGAGGCUGGAGAAGGGGAGGGAGGGAAGUACAUUUAUGUCCAUGGGUAGGGAUACAUGCAUACCUACAUACACAGCAAAAGAGCUGUGAUAACAUUUUUAGUGUAUUAUCUUCGUAUUAAUUUCAAAGGACAAAGAAUGGGGAAAAAAAGGCCCUAAAUGUCUGUGUAAACUAAGAUUUUCUUUAUAAACAAAGCAGUUUAAAUAGUUAUCCCUUUUGGACUUGCUUUCACAUAUGUAAAUUGUUAAUGUAUUUAUUAAAAAAAAAAGCUAUAAACUUUGUCGAUCUAGCAGUGCUCCUCUGUGCAGUAGAUAUAUGCUGAAAUAAAUACGAAUGAAAAAGUUAUAAAAAUGGCAAGAUAAAGAAACUUACUUGGUAGUGUAUUAGCACACAUUGUGAUGAGUUGUGCAUACUUUGGAGGGAGGAGGCACUGCAAUGUUUUCUUUGGGCCAGAGAAGCAUUUGUUCCUAUUGCAGGUUUCCUGGCAUCUCUUCUAUAAACUGAGUAUCUUGAGAGCACCAGAAAGACAGUCUUUGAGGGUGGAAUUUUUAGAUUGUGCUUGUUACUUGUAAAAAGUGUUGCUGGUUUUAUUGGGUUGUAUUUUUUUUUUUUUUAGAGAGUUGAAUUAGCAUUAAGAAAUGUAGAACUUAAUCCUUCAGGAAUGCAAGUAUCAUCUACUCUUUAAGAAUUGUGAAACCACCUAAAAUAAAUCUCGUUUAAUAAAUUUUCUUUGCAGUAGGGGAAAGAGCAAUGUCCAAACAGACUUUUUUUACUACUGGAUUUCUUACUAUGUCAUUGGUCUAAUUUUGUUUCAAUGCUGGUAUCCCCAGAAGGCCUUCCUACCCAGUGGGGUUUACCACUGAGGCAACAAAAUUAAUCUUCAGCUGUUUUUUUUCCUUCAGAACUACACAUUUGAAAUGUAAAGUACCCAUGAAAAGUAUCUACCUAUAUCAGAAGGGUGCAGAUGUAGUACAGAAGCCAGUAUGUUUAAUGGACAACAGUGGUACAAAGACAAGUUUUUGGUACAGUUGUAUAAUUGGGAAUUGUUGUUAUUAUUUUUACUGUGUCAUCAUUUGAAAUACUUGAAGGAGGUAUUUUGUUCUCUUUUUGUAGAAACUCGUGGGCUUUAAAACCAAAUAUUUCCGAACUCAAUCAUAAAUUAGUUUUUAUUUUAGAAUUAAAUCUUUUGAUCAACUGAAUGACACCAAUGUUUGUUUGAUUAGGAGUCAGAUGGUAAGAGUAGAGCUUGAUUUUCAUUUUUUUCUUCCCAUUAUCAUUUUUAAAUUUGUAUCAGUCUAUUAUUGUCUGCAAGUGCAUUUCAGCAGAAGAAAUUCCAGUCUGUUCUAUAAGCAGGAUGAAUCUUAACUAACAUUUUAAUAGAUGAUAUUUCAAGAAUGGAAUGUUCAAUGAAUAAAUGACUUAAACAUGCAAUUGAAGCUGAAAUGUCAUAUUCUAUUUUUAUGAAAAAAAGGAAGAGGAAGGCCAAUAUAUAGACUGAAGAUGCAGCUUAAUUUCAAGUUUCUUUGAUGGUUUUGAUACAAACAGUGUUUGUAUUCAUCUGUAUCUUUGGGUGAUAUUGUUCUAGAUUAAAAUAACUCCAUUCUCACUAGUCCAAAUUUUUCUAAAGUAGUUCUGUUGUAAGAGUACUUCAUAACCAGUUAACAAGAGAGCCAGCUAUGCUCUGGGAGCUUGCUGCUGAUUGAACUGCACCGCUACAUUUACAGGAUGAGGUCAAAUACUUUUGUGGCUUCUCUUUAAGGCGUUUAUUUCUUAAUUUUUGAUUGCUCUUGUUGGUCAGGUCAGCUCACGUUGAGAUCGGUUUCUCCUUGCACUGCAAAAAAUCUGGUUCCAGCAGUUAAAAGAAGACCCUUUUAUAGAAGUCUUUUUUGUCAUAAAAAUAGAUCUUAAGUCUUGUCUUAUGCUGGGAGCAGGAGAAACUUCUGAUUUUUCUAGACAUAAUAAAAAGUGAGGUGCAAGAGAGGAAAGAAGGAUAACACUGAGUUACAAAUCUAUUGCUAUAAAAUUUUUCUGAGGGACAUUUAACUCCUGUCGUGACAAAAAGAGCACGUUUAAGUUUUGUUCAUUAUAUCAAGCUGUGUUAAUGAAAUCGAGACCCUGCAGGACUGUGCUUAAAGAUGUAACUUCUUGUUCUACCACAAAGAGAGAGGAGUCUCUGGCUUUGUUGAAAAAUACUUCUUGAGCAGUUUUACACUGGCCACUGUUACAUUUGAAGCAUUUUUGGGAACCUUCAUGCUGCUGCUUCCUUGAAGGGAUCAGCAAUCUGUGUCCUUUUCUGAGUGAAGAGCAAGCUCUUAAAUCAGCAAGUGAGCAUUUUCCUGUUUCGGCCUGAUGCUUCUCAUGAGUUCUUACUGAAAUCCGUCACAAACUUUCUGUUUAUUUCAUUGUGGUGAUCUUGGGUUGAGCAGACUGGAGCUGCUUUUUUGCCAAAUUGUCUUCAAUUGUUACAAAUCAAAUUCUACUGAAUUCCUUUUUCUGUUACAAAGGAGGAUGAGCCUUGUAAUACCUGUGUGGUAACAGCAUGUCAGGUUUUACUGACAGCGCAGCCAAGCUGAAGACUGGAGGGUGCCAAACCUUUCACUAGAGAGAGUGACUUUUAAGGCCAUUGUGGCCUCAUUGGAGUACUACUGAUAACAGAAGAACUUUUGCCUUGAUGUCAGAGGAGGUUGGAUCAAGCUCUAAUUCAUGAGAGAGAAGAAUCUUUUACCAUCUUUGUAUUUCUUGCAAAAACUGGGACAGUGUCGUUGAGGGCUGUGCCUACUGCUAGGCAACCUGUCUGCAGCUGAAAUUCUGUAAUUCCAAGGUGUGAUUCUUUGCCUUUUACCUUCCUCCUAAUCUUGUAUUGUUGCAAUUAACUUGUGAUGGAAGAGACUGAGUAAAUUGAAUCCAGAGCUUUUAUUACUUUUUGUAUUACCAACCAAUUUUGUAAGAGACUGAAGGUCUGGUGGAAUGAGAUGGCAGGGUUCAGGUGAAGACUUCACUGUUUGUACUGUAUGUCCAUUCCUUGGUUUACAACUUGAACUUGGAUUGCAACUGAGUUUAUUCUGUGUUUGUUGAAUGUGUAUUGCCUUUUUGCUCUGUAUUCACCAAGUGUCAGUCAGUGUGAAGGUGAGCUUGGUAGAUGUUUUAUUUAAAGUUAGUGGUGCAGUUUAUUGUACGUGCUUGUUAAUAAAUUAUAUUUUUUAUAAAAUUACAGUUCAUUAAAGUUAACUAAACUUUUGCUCCUGGG